AUGGUCACCGGCAUUAUCGAUCGCAUAUAUGUGUAUCAUGCCGUUGCCGGGGCCUUUCUCGUCUCGGUGGCCCUCUACCACGCCUUCAUCUGGACUUCCUACAGCUUCACAGGCAACUGCCAAGCCAUCGCCUAUCCCACGGCCUUUCAAGCCGUCCAGAUCGUAUUGUACCUCUACUGGCUCUUGGUUGACGUUUUCACAGCAGGGUGUCUAAUUUUUUUCUUGCGAAACCAUCUCAAGAAGAUGGAGGAGCUCAAGAUCAACACAAAGUCAAAGAAGGAGACCCUGGUGGCCAAGGUGCUCUCGCGCGAGAUUUGGAGAGUCUGCUGGGCGGCCUGCCUUGGUCUCGUCACCAGUUCAUGCGCCAUCGCAGAGUUUGUGCUGCAGACGAAGGUUUUCUAUCUUCGUGGGUCGAUCAUGUGCAUAUCCCAUUUCAUCCUUGUCCUCAGCACAAUCGACUCUCGCGGCGAGGACGAUUUAUCGUCCAGCGCACAUGGCCAAGGUGCUGGCGGCGUAUCGUCGGCUCCUGGUUCUCCCAACACCGCAGCGAGAAGCGCCCGCAAGGAGUCCACGGUGCCGACCCAGUAUCUGACCACCACUACCACCGAUUAA